GCCUCACCGGCGCCGUGACGUUGUUCCGGCGGUGCCGCCCUGAGGCGCGGCGGCGGCGGCGGCGAUGCGGGGCUCGGGCGGCCUCGGGCCCGCUGCCUGCCCCUGGGGCUGCACGCUCGGCCCCGCCGGCUGGAGCGGCGCGCCCUUCUGCCCGCGGCACCGUAUGAACAGCCUCGCCGAGCUGCCGGCGCCGCCGCAAGGUGCCUCGCAGAGCGGGGUUGAGUGCGAGGGGAGCGAGGCGUGUCUGCUCUGGGACGACGGCCCCUCGGUGGAUUACUACCCGCUGGCCGAUGACGAUGAGGACGGCGACGACGAUUACGAGUACGGCGAGGACGAGCUGGAGGCAGGUUUGCCGUUCUUGGACGUCGCCGUGGCCGAGGGCGCCGUUCCCUACAGCUACUGCGGCUUCCGCAAGUCCUUCCUGUGCUCGGAGCCGCCCCCGCCGCUGCCCCGCAGCGCUGCCACGGCCCUGGACGCGCGGCUGCACCGGCUGCCCACGCCCCGCCGGCCCUGGCUCACGGCAGAGGAAGCUGAGAGGAACGCCCAGGAGCUGGUGGCAGAGGAGGAGCGGGCCAAGAGGAAGGCGGAGAAGAAGAAGCUGAAGAAGAAGAAACAAAAAGACCGAAAGAAACGGGAGAAACUGGUUCAAGAGCAGAAGAACAAAGAGAACGCUGACCCCAGCCCCCCAAGUGGCCCUGCAGGCAGUGGGCCCCCCUCAGAUGGUGCUGAGGAUGAGGAAUGCUGCCCAGAGCCCUCCCCGUGCCCUGGGGACUCCACAGUGCCCUCAGGAGAGCCUGGCCCGGAGGACGCAGCAGUGCCAGAGGAGGAGCUGGACCUGAGCUGCACUUUUGUCUGCAAAGCACGGGAGAAGGCGGGGGUCCGGCUGCCCCCCCCGGGCACACAGAACGUGCAGCCAAGCAGGAAAGUGCCCGAGAAGGGGAGUGGGGACCCCGUGGAGGGACCUGUGUCCCCCCAGCCCCUCCAGGCCAGGCCGCCCAGCCCCGGCACCAUCGAGCAGAGCCUGGCGCUUGCAGGCCAUGGCAUCGAGGCAGCCCAGAUGGGGCAGCACACCGAGGCCGUGUGGGCCUUCACCGUCGCCCUGGAGCUGAACCCCCGCGAGCACCGGCUCCUGGGGAACCGCUCCUACUGCCUGGAGAAGCUGGGCCGCUACGAGGAGGCGCUGGCGGACGCGGAGGCGGCGCUGGCGCUGCAGCCCGGCUGGCCCAAGGGCUCCUUCCGCAAGGGCAAGGCCCUGAGGGGGCUCCAGGUACCUGGGGGGGGGCUCCAAGUACCUGGGGGGGACUCCAGGGACU